UAGAAACAAAAUACUUAUACCUGAAAAAUAGUUUUGAAAGAGUCUUCCAAAAUAAUAUGUUAGUCUUCGGAAUAGCCAAGUACAGUGAGUACUAACUCUGCGCAUCGUGUACGGAUCCCAGACUCAUGGAGGCCUUUUGUCGGGGAUUGCUUGUAGCCAUUGUCGUGACAUGUAUACUUUCCCCGAUAAAACCAGUGGGGGCAAGCAAAAAUAAGGGGAAGAAACUACCAACAGAAGAGGAAAUACACUUUACAGAGUUGAUACAAAAUGCCAUAGAAUAUGCCGAAAAGGCCUGGGCUGAGGACACACUCAAGAAAUCAGAAUCGUACAAACAUGGUGUUGACACUAAGAACCAGAGAAGCAGUGAUGGACAAUUGAGCUUGUUCGCAGACGAGGAUCCUAAAGGCGAACGUCUCGAGGAGUUGGCUUAUAUUUCCCUGGAAGCCACAAAAAAGCUGGAACGAUCAUCUAACGUAUCUAUAUCGACCAUACGUAGCUCUAAGACCUGGUUGAAAAUAUGGAAAACUCUGAUACACGCAUAUUGUGAUAAAACAAAGAUCACGUGUGACCCGAAUGCUCUUUACCGGUCGGCGAAUGGGUCGUGUAAUAACCUGCACCAUCCAACCUGGGGAAUGGCAUUCACCCCACAACUGCGGUUUCUACCGCCAACCUACGAUGAUUGGAUCGACUUACCCAGAACGAAAUGUCACUCUGGUCGUACAUUACCUAGUGCUAGGAAGAUCAGUAACACCAUGUUCUGUGAACACGAUAAACUAAGGAUUGCCAAAAAUCACACCAUCAUGGUGAUGGCGUGGGGACAAUUUAUAGAUCACGAUGUCAUCUUUACACCGCUUUUCAAAGGAGCGAAUGGUUCUGCUAUAAGUUGCUGUGACAAGGAUUCCGACCAAACCAGGCCUGAAUGCUUUCCAAUAGAAAUACCUGGAGACGAUCCACAUUUCAAAAACAAGACAUGCAUGAACUUCGUUAGGUCAACUGCAAGUCCAUCUCACUCCUGUCUGCCAGCACCUCGCGAACAGUUGAACCAGGUGACUUCCUAUAUUGAUGCCUCCACUGUUUACGGCUCCUCUGAAAAGGAAACUAAAUCUCUGAGAACAAUGAAAAAAGGGAAGCUGCUGACAUCCAAAGGAGGGUUACCCCCAGCGGGGAAAGAAAAAUCUUGCGUGUUACAGCACCCUAAGGAGUACUGCUUUCGUGCAGGCGACAAGAGGGUCAAUGUGGUACCAAACCUGAGCGCUACACAUAUUCUCUUCAUCAACGAACACAACAGAAUCGCCAAAAAGUUAGCAAGGUUGAAUCGACACUGGACCGAUGAAAUCACCUUCCAGGAAACAAGGAAAAUUAUAAUAGCCCUAAUGCAGCACAUAACCUACAGGGAAUAUCUACCGAAAACUCUGAAUGCCGAUCACAUGAGUCACUAUGGACUAAACUACUAUCCUGGGAACUAUAAUAAUGUAUAUGACCCCUCCAAAAAUACUGGGACUAGAAAUUCAUUUGCUGCCGCCGCAUUCCGCUAUGGACAUUCGCAGAUUCCGCCCACUCAGUCGGUACUAGCGGAAGAUCACAUUACCUACAAGCACUACCCACUAGAAGAAACGUACCAUAAGCCAUUCCUGACACAGGAGGACAAGGGGAAAAACGUUGCUGGUCUUCUGCGGUGGCUGUCGACAGAACCUACUACAUGUAAUGAUAGGGUGUUUGAGCCACAGGUGCGUGAUCUGUUAUUUCUCGAUAAGAAGGGGAACAGCUUUGACCUUCCGGCUAUUAACAUACAAAGAGGCAGAGACCAUGGUAUGCCUUGUUAUAACGAGUGGCGUGAAUGGUGUAAUUUACCGGUAGCGAAAAGCUUUGAAGUAAGAGAAGGCGGCUUGGUGGAUCACGAUCCUGUGUGUGCUGGUCUACUCAAGAAAGCAUACGGGCAUGUUAAUGACAUCGAUCUGUACGCUGGGGCUAUCAGUGAACAGCAUAUACCAAACGGUGAGGUGGGUCCAACCUUUGCCUGUAUAAUUGCAAGGCAAUUCCAUGCAUAUAAAUAUGGAGAUCGAUUUUGGUACGAACAAGUCGACAAACCAACCGCCUUCACGAGAGCACAACUGAAGCAAAUAAAGAAAAUUACAUUAUCAAAGAUAUCUUGCGAUAAUUUCAAGAUUCGCAAAAUACAAAAGGACUCCUUUACAACCAUAUCUCCGAGUAAUCCCUUAACUGAUUGUAAAACGUUACCCAAGCUGAAACUGAGACCCUGGAAGGAGACAAUCGCUCAAACAAAAAAGAAGCAUGGUUCGAAUUAUUAA